CCCAAACUCCCUGCGGGCCCAAUAGAAUACUUGUUGCGCCGUCCAAUUGCUCUCUUCGCAACCACCGUCAGAUCGUUAUCGGUGGUAUCCCCCCCUCCCGCCAUGUCCGACGAUGAAGCAGACCCCGAGUUGCUCGCCCUCCUUCGCAAAUCCCUGGGGUUAGGUAGCGGCCCGGCCAAUCCACGAACGGCAGAGACAAAAGUCCUGGAAAAUGCGCAGCACGUCUUCGACAAUGCCAUCGAUGUCGCAUUGAGUCCCAUCAAAACAAAGGAGGCCGCGGAGACCAUCUGGCGCCUGAUGCAGAAGAAGGAAUACUCGACGGAAACCUGGUCCGAUCAUGAGCUACACCCGCAAGCGAAGGACGAGGGCACGGUCGCGUUCAUCUUCACCAUGGAUCUGCUCAAUUUCAGCUUCUGGUCCGAACUUCCCGAGGCCGAACGGUUUGCGAUCGACUAUCGCGGGAGACGCUGGACCGGGUACUGGAGCUUGGUGGCCGCCCUGCAGCGGGCGUUGGAUGAAGGGAUCCCAAUUACGGACCCCGAAUUCUGGGUGAACGAGGAGGCGUGCCCCGACGAGAAGCUCCAACAUGUCUUUCGGUCCGCGACAGAAGAGCCGAUCCCUCUGUUCCGAGAACGAGUGGACUGCCUGCGCGAGGCCGGACGGGUUUUGUGCAAGGACUUUGAGGGCAGUUUCCUGAACUGCAUCUACAACGCCAACUAUUCGGCGGCAGCCCUGGUCAAUAUUUUGGCGGAGUCGUUCUCCUGCUUCCGAGACGAGUCCUCCUUCCAUGGACGCAGGGUCCGACUGUAUAAGAGAGCGCAGAUCCUCGUUGCCGACCUGUGGGCGUGCUUCAACGGUGAGAGCUUCGGCGAAUUCCACGACAUCGAAAAGAUCACCAUGUUUGCCGACUACCGAAUCCCCCAAAUCCUCCACCAACUCGGCUGUCUGGUCUACUCUCCGCCGUUGACCAGCCACAUUCGCGACCUGAAGCCGCUGCCCCACGGUUCGACCUGGGAAGUCGAGCUCCGUGCCACCAGCAUCUGGUGCGUCGAGCUCAUCCGUCGCGAGAUCGAACAAAAACACCCCGGGUCGCAGUUUCGAACGACGCGCCAGGGAUCGAUGGACAAAUCCAAUACCCUGUCGCCGGAAGACGACCCCGCGAGGAAGUGCUCGACCCAGAAGCACUUCAAGCAGAAGAGCGUCCAAGAGCACAAGACCUCGAGCGUGAACGCCGUCCUCAUCGACUUCUUCCUGUACGACACCAUGAAAGAAAUUGAAGCCGACGGACAGGAGUCGAUUCCCCACCACCGCACCAGAAGCAUCUGGUAUUGAAGUUGUCCCCUAGGGACACCCGAGAUCGCACCAUCUACUCUGGUCCACCACCAGACAAUGGCUUUCUUUCCCAUUCACUUCUUCACUACUAUACCCUCGCUAUUUGUCCCACUUUCCGUUUCCAUAGAUAGACAUCACUGCUGUCCCUGUGCUGGCCACUAGGACUGUCGUGGUGAAUUUUAAGAGGCACACCGUGCGGAUCGCUUGAUUAGCCGGGCCUCGCGCUCUUUCUCUGCAGUAUAGAAUACAGCAGGACUCUCAUCCAAUACCGAUUUCGAACGGUA